AACGCGAGAAGAAGAAGUAUGCCUCAACGAAUGAAGAAAUGGCCAUUUUUGGCGUAAUGAUAUUAUUUCCAGCCAUUCAAGAAAGACAAACGCACCCUCGGUCUCAUUCAAAGGCUCCUCCGUUGGGCCUUUGUGAGUUCUACUUGUAAUUUCGAUCCACUGUGAAACUGAUGGCAAUUAUGUUUCGUUGCAAUAAAUUGGAUAGCGAGGGUCAUUAUUGUCAGACCCCCGUCGAGCUGAGGAGAGGCGGAAGCUGCUGCCAAGUCAGGAGCAUUGUUGCGCUGACAUUUGCGCAGAGGAUCAAAGCUGUGAUGAAUAAUCCAUAUUGAAAAGCUCGCCGUUCUGCCAAAAUGUCAACCAGCGGCGGGGGCCGUUUUUGGCGGAGCCGACUCUCAAGUCUUCGUUCGCAGUCGUCACAAUUAAGGGCAUCCAUUGAUUUGCCAGAAAAUCAGGAUAUGGUAAUCGAGGACCGCAAAGGCAGCGGCGCCGCCGCCCCCCACCGCCGCACGUCGACAUCGGACUCUUGUUGCACAAGGCAAAGCAAAACUCUCCCCAAAGAUGUCGUCACCGACAAGAUGUAUAUGGUGGGCGGAUGGACCAAGGACGACCCCUCCUGCCCGGUGGAGCAGUUCUAUCCUGAGUUUAACGAGUGGAGGACAGCGGCUCGCAUGGUCAGGCAGCGGGGUGACGUGGCCGUCGGCACCCUGGACGACAAGAUGUACACAGUGGGUGGGAAGGACAACAUCCGAUGCUACAAUAACGUGGAGAGGUACGACCCAGACACAGACAGCUGGAGUGCGGAUGUAGCACCCUUGAGCAGCCCCCGCAGUGGAGUGUGCGUGGUCACCAUGGACGGAUACUUGUACGCUAUUGGAGGACACGAUGGGAUUGCGGCCAUGAAUACCGUGGAGAGGUACGAUCCAAAGAUGAACGCGUGGAGCAAGCAGGCGCCCAUGCUGACGAGACGCGCCAGAGCCGCCGCCGCCGUGCUGGGUGAUCAGUUGUAUGUGAUCGGAGGCAACGAUGGAGUCCUGGCUCUGAAUUCAGUGGAGAAAUACAACCCCGAAGAGGGCACCUGGUCCGUAUGUUCCCACAUGUCGACGCCCAGAGAAAACGCCGGCUGCGCAGUGCACCUGGGCCACAUCUACGUGGCCGGGGGCAGAGAUGAUCUCGGCUUGGGCCUGUGCUCGGCGGAGCGCCUGGACCCGGACACCACGAGGUGGACUCCUGUCAAACGCAUGAGAAGCAAGAGAGACAACGUGUCUCUGGUGGUGUUCAACGGUGCUUUGCUGGCGGUGGGGGGCACCGACGGAGUGUCCGAUUUGAAAACCAUCGAGGUUUACAACGGCGAAAGCAACUCGUGGAGACACUUUGGAAGUAUGAAGAGCAAGCAUCCGGGAGGCAGAGUGGCCGUGCUUUACUGAGACCUAACAAUGGAACGUCAUUACAUGAGCGGGGACAAAGAACCGAUAGAGAAAAGACCGGCUAAUGGAUGCCAGUGGCACGCUGCGGGACGUGCUGGGAUAAGCUUCGAGCCCCGGCAACGUAAUGACUGAAUAAUUGAACAGUUUGCUCAAAAAGGAGUCGCAUUAGUAAACCGCCGGUCCAAAACAACUCCGCGCAUUGAAUUGAAGCGCAUUAUAGGCUAAAAGGUUACCUCACUGCUAUUUUUAUGUCCUCCGCCUGGCGUCGAAAAAUGGAUCCUUUGGAGGUGGUCCAUACGCAAUAAGAGGAAGCGACAAAAGAGUUGUGUGUGCAUUAUGUAAAGUGCAGCGGAACCUCCUCGGGGAUUUCAAAACGAUGUUUCAUAAAGAAAAUAAUGGCAGAAGAGUUGAGAGGAAGGUUUACAAAGAAGUUCAAGACGGUUCAUAUGAACAACAUGCAAAAACCACAACAAAAAGGCAACUGUGAGGACCAGGUCGCCUUGUUCCAAAUAUGGACCUAAAAAGUUAAAUACAACUGAACUGUAUUCAAGUAAGGGCGGCCCGGUAGUCCAGUGGUUAGCACGUCGGCUUCACAGUGCAGAGGUACCGGGUUUGAUUCCAGCUCCGGCCUCCUUGUGUGGAGUUUGCAUGUUCUCCCCGGGCCUGCGUGGGUUUUCUCCGGGUGCUCCGGUUUCCUCCCACAUUCCAAAAACAUGCGUGGCGGGCUGAUUGAACACUCUAAAUUGUCCCUAGGUGUGAGUGUGAGUGCGAAUGGUUGUUCGUCUCUGUGGGCCCUGUGAUUGGCUGGCAACCGAUUCAGGGUGUCCCCCGCCUGCUGCCCGGAGACAGCUGGGAUAGGCUCCAGCACCCCCCGCGACCCUAGUGAGGAUCAAGCGGCUCGGAAGAUGAAUGAAUGAAUGUAUUC